UGAUCGGUUGAUCGGUUGGUUCUGCUGCUCGGUUCGGUUCUUCUGGUGUCGGUCUUGGGCGAGUUCAAUCUACCAAAUCAUAGGGCUUGUGACGCUGAAAGAUAGUUUAUAUUUCAUUAAGAAACAGUUGUCUAACCCGAUAAGUAAUUAAUUGUGCUUAAGUGAACGUGAUCCUUCGUCUAGUAGUGCAUCGGAUGACUAGUGCAGUGUAGUGUUUUAUAUACCUUGUGCUUAUUCGUGUAUGUGUGUGAGUGUGUGUGUGUAUGAUAGUGAACGCAGUCAUUUUCUAGUGCACACCCGUGUUUAUGGAGCAGUGAAAAUUCCACCCAUCGCCGAACCGAAAUCAAUGAUGGCUUCCAAGCGAAGGAAUCCUUUACGCGGCAGGAUCGUGCCGAUUGCUCUCGCCCUCGCUGUAGUAACACUAUCGAUGGCCGGUUUGGCGACCGGCGAAACAUACGAGGACUGUGAGCAACCGCCGGAAAUUGCGCACGGAUCCGCCCGGCUAACCGUGGACGACAACGAAGAGUAUGUGACGGCACACUACACCUGCAAGUCAGGCUACCGGUUGCAGGAGCCGCAGCUCGCCACGCUACGCUGUAGCAUCGAGACGGAUGAAUGGGAAGCGGCCAAACUACCCGCCUGUGUGCAAGAUGAAACACACGACCAGGAUGGGACGGCGGCACAGCAGGGCACCAACGGACAGAAGCGGAAGCCCGGUCAACGGGGUCAAAACAUUCAGGAGGAAACCGACCUUGAACCGGAACUGGCCGCUCGGUUGGAUCUGUCCUGUAUGGCCCAGGGCCUUAUAAGGGCGCCCGAGAUCGACAACGGUUACGUGGUGAAAUACAACAGACGGAAGAAAAAUGGCAACAUUUUCCUGGUGGCAUUCUACGAGUGUGACGAUUAUUACGAGCUGCAGCCAACGGAGCAUGAUCGGCUGUACUGUAGCGGACGGAAGUGGAUCGGUAAGCGACCGGAAUGCAUCUCCACCCGGUCCGGCUCCGAGGAUGACGAGGAGGGCGAGGAGGAAGAGGAGGAGGAGGAAGAGGAGGAAGAGGAAGAUUAUGAAGAAGAAGGAGACGACGGCUCUGAACAACCAUUCGAGCGGGAUGAGAAGCUUCACGAGCGAACUACAACGACGACAACAACAACUCUCCCGACAACAACUACAUCCACUACCGAGCCAACAACGACAACAACGUCAACCGAACCGUCAACGACACCCUCUACGACAACAACGACAGAACAACCGUCACAAACGACGACUGCAUCAACACCCGAAAUCGUGCACACGACCACGGAACAGAGCCGGCCAGAUAAUUUGUCCAUCGCCGAGGCUGAACCUGACACUCAUCAGCAUCGAUCGACAGCAACGCAUCACCAACAAUCGCGCGACGAUAAUGAAGAAGAUGAGGCGGAAGAUGAAGACGACGAAGAACCGGCAGAAGGUGACGACGAUGAUGCAGACGAUGAUCGCCCUGGGACGCACAAAGUAGACGAUCACCAAGAACCCUCCACAACGACCGUGGAGCCCGUGACAUCCCCACAGACGGUGGUGGCCGCUUGCGGUCCCGAUCGUGGCGGCUGUGAUCACGAAUGUCGAAUGAUUUAUCGUGGCAACGAGGUGGAACCGGUGGUCGAGUGUAGCUGCUACCGGGGCUUUCUGCUGGACGCGCGUGAUGGAAGAACCUGUCACGACAUCGAUGAAUGUGCGGAAAACAAUGGAGGAUGUGAGCAGACAUGCAUCAAUAAGCCCGGAUCGUACGAGUGCAGCUGUGAGCCGGGGCUGCAAAUCGACACACUGAACGGACACACCUGCAUCGAUAUUGAUGAGUGUCAGAAUGGAGACGUUGCCGAACGAUGUGCCAAUGGGUGUGAAAAUACGUUCGGUUCCUAUCGCUGCCUGGAGGGCCCAUUAUCGCCCGCUGGUACUGAGCACGAAAAUAAUGAGGAUGACGAUGAGGAGGAGGAAGAGGAGGACAAAGAGGAUGGUGAAAGUGACCCCGAAGACGAAACCGACGAGGAGGCGGAAGACGAUGAGCGCGAGCGAACGGAAGCGCAUAAUCGAUUGAGCGAAAAUGAAUUGCCUCAAGAAUCUCAUCAAUCAGUGGAAAACGCCGGAAGUGGUUCGGUGGAUGGUACAGGCGACAACCACGACACGAUACCACCACCGGACGUGUCGAUUCCGGUUGGUUCUUCGCACCCGCAUAGGCAUCACCACGGGGAACUGGAUCGAGAUGCUGCUCGAAAGGAAGAUCCAGAAGAGGAUGAGGAAGAGGAUGGCGAGGAAGCAGAGGAGGAAGAGGAAGAGGACGAUGAGGACACGGUCCUCGAGCGGUCUCCAGAACCGACCAGACCGGUUGCUGUAACUUCAGGUGAUGGUCGCGACGAGAUUAGCACAUCGAAAGCGGAACCGGAUUAUGACGAUGAUAAUGAUGGGCCCGGUUCGGAAGAAAGCGGCGAGCGGGAUAAUGCCCAAGUGCCCUCGGCGAGGGGUUGCGAUGAAGGGCUUCGAUUGAGCCCCGCCACAGGCACUUGUGAAGACAUAAACGAGUGUGAGGAGCAAGAUCACGGCUGCGAUUACUGUGAAAAUGCGUACGGCGGCUAUCAGUGUACCUGUCCGGCCGGGUUCGAGCUCGCCGACGAUGACAAGCAAUGUGUGGAUGUGGAUGAGUGCUCCACGGGUGAGAACGAUUCGGGCGAGAGUGGUUCGAUCUGUUCGCACGAGUGUCACAACACGCUCGGAUCGUUUGAGUGCCGUUGUCCGGAAGCGUUCCACCUAAACAACGAUCGGCGUACGUGCGUCCGGGACUUUUGUCAGGAUCUGUAUGAAAACCCCAACAAGACGCGCUGUUCGCAUGAGUGUGUGGACGAGGUGGAAGGGUUCCGGUGCCACUGUCCGGAGGGUUAUCUGUUGGAUGAGGUGGAUCAGAAGACGUGUCACAGUGCGUACAGUUGUGACGAGAAUCAGCGGAAACGGUGUGAGCCGGGCCGGUGUAGGAAGGUGGGAAGCGCUAGCGGUGAUUAUCGGUGUGAGUGUCCGGACGGGUAUGUGCAGAACGAUCACAGCUGUCACGAUCGGGAUGAGUGUUUGCUGGGAAGGCACGAUUGUAGCCACGAGUGUCACAAUACGGUCGGUUCGUAUCGGUGUAGCUGUCCGGUCGGGCUGACGCUGUCCAGCGAUGGCAAAACGUGUGACGAUGUGGAUGAGUGUGCGAGGGAAACGAACGAGCUGGAUGGGUUGUGUGGUGAUAUCGAGUGUCGGAAUACGUACGGCAGUUACAAGUGUGUUUGUCCCGAGGGUCGAGAGUUCGAUGAGUACGGUAUCUGUCGGCAGAUGGAUCUGUGCAGGAAGGAUAACGGUGGGUGCUCACACAUAUGUACGUUCUACAAUCGGGAAACGUACUGUGACUGUCCGGAUGAUAUGGAGCUGGCGGAGGAUGGCAAGACGUGUGAAACGGCGAACGUUUGUGGGCUGAAUAAUGGGGGCUGUUCGCAUACGUGCGAUGCGGACAGUGAGGUUAGGUGUCUGUGUCCGGCGGGCAUGGUGCUGGGCGCGAAUGGACGCAGCUGCGAGGAUGUGAACGAGUGCCACGAGGAUAAUGGUGGAUGUGAGCAGAGUUGUGUUAACUUUGAGGGUGGCUAUCGGUGCAGUUGUUACGAGGGAUUUGAGCUGGAGGCGGACAAACGAUCGUGUGUCGAUCUGGAUGAGUGUGCUAGUGCGCGAGGUGGUGGCUGUGAUCACAACUGUCACAAUACGGCAGGAUCGUACUACUGUACGUGUCAUGCUGGGUAUAAGCUGGCGGAGAACGCACGCACCUGUAUGGACGUGAAUGAGUGUGAAGAUCACAAUGGGAACUGUUCGCAUGUGUGCAUCAACCUGCUCGGCGGGCAUCAGUGCUCGUGUCCGAAGGGACUGUUCCUGCAGGAGGAUGAUCGAACGUGUGACUUUGUGGAUGAGUGUGAGCUGAACAAUGGAGGAUGCUCGCACGGAUGUCACUACGAGUAUGGGGUGGUGAGUUGCUCGUGUCCACGCGGGUUCCAGCUGGAUGGAGAGCAUCACAAGACCUGCGUCGAUGUGGAUGAGUGUGCGAAAGGAAAUGGAGGAUGCUCGCACGAGUGCUCCAACAGUCCCGGGUCGUACGAAUGUCACUGUCCGGAGGGUUACGAGCUUCGGCACAAUGGGCACACGUGCCAGGACGUGGAUGAGUGCGUAGGUACCAAUGGGAACUGUUCCAACAUUUGUAUUAACCUUCCGGGUGGGUAUCGUUGCGCCUGUGAGAUUGGAUACGAACUGGCGGUCGAUCAGCGCACUUGUAUCGAUGUCGAUGAGUGUAACGACGGAAGUCACGAUUGCUCGCAUCGCUGUGUAAACGUCCCGGGAGCGUACGAGUGUGAAUGUCCCGAAGGAUUCAAGCUGGGCCGAAAUCGGCUCAGCUGUGAGGAUGUGGACGAAUGCAAAACCCUGCCCGAUCAGGGUGGAUGUGAACAUCACUGCAUUAACACGAUCGGAUCGUAUCACUGUGGGUGUGAGGAUGGACAUCGGCUAGCGGCGGACAAUCGUACCUGUUCCGAUGUGGACGAGUGUAGUGAUGAGUUGCGGAGGUGCACGCACGAUUGCCUAAACACGAAGGGCGGCUUUGAGUGUUCGUGUCCAUCGGGGCUACGGUUGGAUAUCGACAAGGUGAGCUGUGUGGAUAUUGACGAGUGUCGGAUCAACAACUUCAACGGAGGUUGCUCACACAUCUGUGAGAACACCGAGGGUAGCUUCCAGUGUCGAUGUCCCGAGGGGAUGGUUCUCGCGGGAGACCAAGCCACGUGCAGUGAUAUCGAUGAGUGUGCCGUGCUUAAUGGUGGAUGCAGUCAGCUGUGCAUUAAUCGUGAUGGAGGCUUCCGGUGUGGCUGCCAUCCGGGAUACAGUCUAAUGGCGGAUGGGAAGGCUUGCGAAGUGUCGAACCCGUGUGCGUUGAGGAAUGGUGGCUGUCAGCAUUACUGUAGCUUGAAGGGAGGCCUACCAGUGUGCUCGUGCAGGGAAGGAUAUGUGCUGAACAAGACGAAUCAAGCGUCCUGCGUCGAUCACAACGAGUGUUUGCAGGCGAAGGAUCACAACUGCCAGCAGCGGUGCGUCAACUUGGAGGGUUCGUACCGGUGCGAUUGUUACGCUGGGUACGAGAAGAAUGAUUUGGGUCAGUGUAUCGACGUUAAUGAGUGCUUGGUGGAUAAUGGAGGUUGUGGAGCGAAGGCUCAGUGCAUCAACACGGCAGGAGGUAGUCGGUGUACGUGUCCGGUCGGGUACAAGCUGACCCAAGAUCGUAAGAAUUGUGCCGAGCUGAAGGACAAUUGUAAGCCGUUCGAGGCACCACGGAAUGCGGAUAUCCGAUGUACACGAUCGAGACAUAAGACGCAGCUGUUCUACCGGUCCAAGUGCUUCAUUACGUGCAAGAAGGGGUUUAAACUGCACGGUCCUGCUGUGCGACACUGCAAUGGAACUGGCGAGUGGGAUGAGGGUGAAUCGAUCUGUGUUCCUCUUGCCUGUCCGCGACUGAAUCGACCGGAAAACGGAGUAAUCCUACCGGUCGCAUGUACCGCAGGCAAGAUCUUCGCCAACGAACGUUGUGUUCUCCAUUGCAAACCGGGCUUCAAACCGGUGGCGAAGCGAACUGCGGUCUGUAGUCUAUCGCAGACUUGGAUUCCUGGCGAUAAUCUUCGUUGCGUUCCGAUAGACACCCCAACAGUCACGUCGAAACCCGUGACGACUACCACAACGACUACAGUGGCUCCCGCCCCGAUCAAACCCUACAUCCAAUGUCCACCGGAUAUCCAUGAGGUCCUGCCGAUGGGUCAGUACACGAUGAAGGUACGAAUGGAGCGACCCACCACGAAUGUCGAUUGGCACAGGUACGUCGAUUCGCAUCCACCGUGGGGCAAACAGCUCGAGGUGGAGCUUCCAGCGGGCGAAACGAUCGUCACGUUCCGUGCGCGAAGUCCAACGAGCAACGUGAACGAUGUGUGUCGAGUUGUGAUAAAAAUACGAGAAAGAAAGCCUCCAACCGUGGUGCACUGCCCGGAAUCAUUCGAGGUACAGCUGGAACGGAAUGAGCCAUCUCGGUCGGUGUUUUGGACGGAGCCGAAAUUCGAGUCCGGGAUCGAGAUCAAGCAGCUCUACAAAUCCAACACUCCCGGACAACCGCUGCCGGCCGGUGUGCACUACAUCAACUACAUCGCAACCGACGCCGAUGGGUUGAGUGCCAACUGUAACUUCCGUGUUGUGGUUAAAGGUCCUCCGGUCGAGGUGAUGGAACCGAGGCGUCCCUUCAACACUGGCGGUCAACGGCCGGCAGAGAUGAAUCGGCUCGAGAACCACGAAUCAUAUCUCAUCUGUCCCGGCAAACCGCCGGUGCGGCUCGAUGGCAACAACUAUCCCCGUCAGCAUCAACGGCAACGGCAGGACUCGCGCAUCGAAUACCACAACCACCAUCAGCUUCUGCACCAGCAGCCGUUCCAUCGGUUCGAACAGGAACGGCGUCCAGCGUCGUUCCGGAACCAUUGGCCGUACGUCGAGGCCGUUGAGCCGGGCAUGUCGAACGCCGGGCAGCGAAGAUUGAAUCAAAUCUCACCACCAUUGCCGUUGCAUGUCCCGCAAGGCUGCGUGGUGAAGAACAUACGCAUCAAGCAGAAGCUGGCCAGAUUGCGCCACCAGCAGCGAAUGUUGGCCCAGCAUCUGCAACAUCUGGAGGAGUCACCUAACGCUAGCCCAGCCCUUAUACGUCAACAGCACCAGCGUUACAAUAAUCUGCUGCGCUACUACUCGUCCUGGGACAAGGUCUACACGUCCUCGGCGGCUACUUCAAGGCCAUCCACCGCGCUGGAUGAUGGUGCUUCAGCGUCCUCGAGAGCCAUCCACAUGCCCCAGAGGCUUGCACCGCCGUAUCCUACGGCCACGCCACUGAGUGCAUCCCAUUAUCAUCAGCAUCAGCAACAGCAGCAACAAUCACGUCGUUGGCUAAAAAAGCGCAGCCGAGCGCAUGGCGAAGAAACAGGUGCCAAUGCUGACGCUGGGAAUGCGGCCAGUUCGCAGAAGAAGCACGAACGUCAACUGUAGAAGCGCCCAAUUCCAAAAUAGCUGAUGGGUUUAAGCAGCAGCUCAGCUUUCACCAUUUGUAUCGGAUGUGCUUCUGGAAAAUGGAAAUCCAACUCCUAAUACAACGCUUUUUUAAUCUCGAAAACUUUCCUCGCAAAUGGGUUGACGCGCUAGAGCUGGCAAGCGAUAGUUAAAGGCAUGAAGUUUCUUGCAAUGAGCCAAAACUCGUCCCCAUCAGGUUUAAUUUGCCCGAACACGCAAACAAGCUUCCCCAAAAGAAGGUCAGCAAAAGAUCAUUAUGUAACGCGAUUUGCAUCAAUUUAGGCGCAUCGAGAGCUUUUUCUGUGGCUGACCUUAUUAACAAUCUGUUACUCGCAUUCGCAUCGCACAAACCCGAAACUGUCUGCGUUAGAAUUAACUGAUACCUAGGCUAGUAAGUGAAAAGGCCGUUGCGAUCUUUAUCUGCUCGGUACCGAAAAGCAUUAAUAACGAUCCCUUUAAAGUGAAUAAAAGCGAAAUAAAAUCGAAAUUAUAAACCCACU